AUGAAUUUGGAACAAAAAUAUGUCUAUACUUUGUGGACGUUCAUCUCUAGUAUUGGAGGGUCUAUAGGUGUUUGGUUAGGUCUAUCAGCUCUAAGCUUAAUUCAACUUAUUACUUUCUUAACUGAGAAGACUGCUGUUAAAGUUAAUGAAAAGAUAAAGAAAGAUAAGGUUACAACGCCUCAUAAAGUAUCGAGCAUUCAACAACCAAACAAAAAAUACUCGACUGAUAGUGCGAGGGAGAAUGAAAAGAAGAUUUCGAUGAAUCCGUUUGGUGGACCGGUUGCCGUUAAUGUAUUCGAAAGUCCGUUUCCUAAAGCUCAAGGAGGAGGAAAAUAUCCUCCACCAAGUUAUGAACCUGAUCAACAGCAUCGCCAAUCAUAUCAUUAA